AAGCGGAGUGAUCCGGUGAACGCCACCCCCGCAGGGUGUGCGGCGCCUCCAUCCCUGCGUGCAGUGGUAUCUCCUGCAUCUCCCCGUCGCGCCGCGGAGAGUAGUGCAGCCUGCGGAGCUCCGGGCUCUGCCCGCUUCCUGGCUGGCUCAGGUCUAGCUGGCUGGGAAGGUGCGAGCCGCGCAGCCGGGGAAGAGGCGGAGAGGGGAACAAAGCGCAGAGGCAGCUGCAGGCGGCAGAGGAGCAGGCACAGGAGACGGCUGAGAGAUGGCAGCGGGAAGGGGCUGGGGGCUGCUGGCGCUGUGCGGGGCGCUCAGUGCCUGCUGCUGGCUGCUGUGCGCCGAGGCGGCGGAGCCCGAGGCUGCCGCCGGGGCGAGCCGGCGGCGGAGGCUGAGCCAGGAGGACGGCAUCUCCUUCGAGUACCACCGCUACCCGGAGCUGCGGGAGGCGCUGGUGGCCGUGUGGCUGCAGUGCCCCUCCAUCAGCAGGAUCUACACCGUGGGGCGAAGCUUCGAGGGCAGGGAGCUGCUGGUCAUCGAGAUUUCGGAUAACCCCGGGAGACACGAGCCUGGGGAGCCUGAAUUUAAAUAUAUCGGGAAUAUGCAUGGGAAUGAAGCUGUUGGAAGGGAGCUGCUUAUUUUCUUAGCUCAGUACCUAUGUAAUGAAUACCAGAAGGGAAACGAGACCAUUAUCAACUUGAUCCACAGCACACGCAUCCAUAUCAUGCCAUCCUUAAAUCCAGAUGGGUUUGAGAAGGCAGCAUCCCAGCCUGGUGAACUCAAAGACUGGUUUGUUGGCCGAAGUAAUGCUCAAGGAAUAGACCUGAACCGUAAUUUCCCUGACCUGGAUAGAAUAGUUUACGUUAAUGAGAGAGAAGGUGGCCCAAACAAUCACCUACUGAAAAACAUGAGGAAAGCUGUGGACCAGAAUCCUAAGCUUGCUCCUGAAACUAAAAGUAUCAUUCACUGGAUUAUGGAUAUUCCCUUUGUCCUCUCAGCCAACCUUCAUGGAGGAGACCUUGUUGCAAACUAUCCAUAUGAUGAAACGCGCAGUGGUAGCACUCAUGAAUACAGCUCCUGCCCUGAUGAUGCGAUUUUUCAAAGCUUAGCUCGGGGCUAUUCAUCUUUUAAUCCAGCCAUGUCUGAUCCAAACAGACCACCAUGUCGUAAGAACGAUGACGACAGUAGUUUUGUAGAUGGAACAACCAACGGUGGUGCUUGGUACAGUGUUCCUGGAGGAAUGCAGGAUUUCAAUUACCUCAGCAGCAACUGCUUUGAAAUCACAGUGGAGCUCAGCUGUGAAAAAUUCCCAUCAGAGGAAACUCUGAAGAGCUACUGGGAGGACAACAAGAACUCACUUGUCAAUUAUAUUGAGCAGAUACAUCGGGGAGUGAAAGGAUUUGUUAGAGAUCUUCAGGGAAACCCAAUUGCAAAUGCUACCAUUUCUGUGGAGGGAAUAAACCAUGACAUUACAUCAGCCAAUGAUGGUGAUUACUGGAGAUUGCUUACACCAGGAAACUACAAACUUACAGCCUCAGCACCAGGCUAUCUAGCAAUAACUAAAAAAGUGGCUGUUCCCUUUAGCCCUGCCAUUGGGGUUGAUUUUGAGCUGGAGUCAUUGUCUGAAAGAAAAGAAGAAGAGAAAGAAGAGUUGAUGGAGUGGUGGAAGAUGAUGUCAGAAACUUUAAAUUUCUAAACGAAGUCUUUGAAUUCGCAGCUUUUAAUCUAUUAUGUGUUGACUUAGUAUAAUGUGCUGUGGACAGACCCUAUAUUUUAGAUCUUGUGCAGUUCACAAUAUUUAACUUUGAUUUUUUUUCAGUAAUCUUUUGAUUAGUACCAGCACUACUUAAAAAAUGACUAGGCUACUAACUAGACAAAUACAAAUUAUUAAUUUUUAUUUCAUACUGCUAUAGAAAAUUCACUCUCCUACAUAUACGAUACACAAAAAAGAGUGAAUGUCUCAGCAGCCUAAGUGGAAAUACAAUCUUCUAUGUGUAAUUUGCAAGUCCAGAAUUUGUAGGUUAACUCUGGAUUUAAGAAUACCCAUAAUUCUUAGUCAGUUUCAGAUACUGCCAGAAAUGUCUGGCAAUGUAUAUGAGCAGAAGAUGUUCUGUAUUGGGUUAUAAUGAAUGUAGUUGAAAAGGUGUACAAUAACAGUUUGGUGUUGUAAGUAAUGUUUUACAAGAAUUAAAAUCCAGUAUAAAGUUCUAUAAAAUUUGGUGGUGGAAGCUAUUUAAACAAAUAAGAAACAAACGUAUAGCUUCAUUUUAGUAAUGUGGAAGGAACUUGUAUAAGUAUUUUUACUGAAGACCCAAUAUUAAUAACAGGGGAUAAUGUAACUUUAUCCCUUAAUCUGUUACUGAUACUCCAAGGUUGGAUUUGAGGCUUUUUGGUCACUCACUAACCAAAUUAAAAUUCUGAAUUGCAAAAGAAGAAAUGCUGCAAAAUGUGCAUUUUGUUAAUAUGCUUCUUGUGCUUGUAGGGUGUUCCCGUGAGGAAAAGGUUCAGUGUUUCAGCUGAUAUAUAACCACUAGACACCCAGUUAUGGAAGAACUGACAAAGGUUUCAGUGUGGUUUGGAUGAGCAGCCAAAAGUUCCAGUGCUCAUCCAAAGCCAUCUGACCCUCUUCAAUUUACAAAAUGGGUUGGAAAUCUACUAAGGACAGGCAUUCCUUUUAGUGCUCAAUGGUCUGAGCCAGGCAGUAGUAGUGUUGUUUGAAACUCUUGUUUGUUCUGCUGCUGGUCUUGUCUAAAUCUAGGAGAAACACAGGCGGGUAAAAGUGAAAUAUAUAUGUAUACUAAAAUUUUACCAAAAUAUUUUACAAGGAAAAAAUAUACAUUUCAGUUCUGGAAAAAAUUUUGGACCUCCAAUUUAUUUUUAAUUAUCUGAACCAGUUUGUUUCAUUAUUUAGUCCAUGAAAAAUGAAACUUUCAGGUGUCUAAAUGUAAAAGUAUAAACAUAGACUACCAGAUCCUCAGCUGGUGUAAACUGACAUGGUUACAUUGAAAUCAAUGGAACUAUGCCACUUUAUACCAGCUAGGAUCUGACUGAAAGUUUAGAGUGUAUUGCUGUGUGUCAUUUAAUUUAGGAUCAGGUGUUUGACUUUUUUCCCCCAACGAGUAAUGGAACAGAAGAAAUAGAAUAUUGUAUCAUCCUCUCUCAAAUAAAUCUGUAGUUUUAUUAGCCUGCAUUUUCAGUCAAUGGGGGUUGUAGGAUUGAAAAUUAGAUCAUCAGUGCCCAGUCUUGCUCCCAUUGAAGUCAAUGUGAAAACUACCAUUUACUUCAUGUGUUCAGGAAGAAGCCCUAACUUGAUCUGCUUAAGAUUCUAGCUUGACAUUCACAGCAAAUUGUGUCCUUGGACUUCCUGCAUUUCUUAAACAAACAUAGCUCUUUAACUUUUAAAAUAAAAUGCCCAAGAUACUGCAUAUGUUCCUAUACUGAACACUAAUGAAAAUGAAUAACCUGAUUCUUGUUGAACCAAAAAAUGACUGUGUAACAUGUAGAUCAUUGCUACAGUAAAGCAGUAGACACUGGACUACAAAUCCCAAGGGAACUCUUCUAGUAAGAAUCAUGCUGAAGAACCUUUGUAACAAACACACAAAAAAAGACAUCGAUGCACAGACAUUUUGGUAAAAAAAAAAAAAAGUAACCUUCACCUCCCACCCCAGUGUGUGUAAAAAGUCGAGGAGACACAGACACAAACACCUACUACAUAGCUUAAAAUGUAGAGACAUUAAAUACAAACCCACUUGUCUGUAUGAUUAUAUGUUUGAAACUACUGAUCUGGGUUCAGAUAAAAUGGGCAAAAUAAAAAAAAGGUAUGAAUUAAAACAAAGGAGUGCUAGCAUUUGGCAAUGGCUACAAAGUUGCUUUCAGCCUGUAAAUUCUUGUAAUAAGGCAAGUGUACAUUUGUACAAAAUACAACAUAAAACAGCAUAAUGUUAGGCCAGAAGGUGUUGUUAUAUGGUGCAACUCCUAUCAUGUAGCCAAUUUUUCUGCAUAGGGAAUUCUGUGGUAUAGUGCAGACAUUACAUCAAACUGAACCUCAUAAUGUAUUUUUAAGCCUUGCUUGUAUUCCAUGCAUGCCAUUAUCUGGUCUAUUGUUUUAUGCAUUUGUAAAUGAAAUGUAAUGUCCCCAUAGCUAUCAUUGUUUUACUUCAGAUGUUUGCUUGCUAUUAGUUGUACUGAAACAGGCUGAAGUAAUUAAAUAUUACAGCACCAGAACCACUGCCACUGUUCUUACUGUAUGUAAAAAUGCUUAAGAACAGUAUAAUCAGGAGUGUCAAUAAAUAGUUUAUGUAGCUUCUCUAGCUGAACUGAUCUGUGCUGUAGGAUUGUGUACGUUGCAAUGGAAGAUUAAAAGUGUGUUACGUGAUGCAGAGUUCUUUGGUUGAAAAAGGCACAUACUGUACUCUUGUACAAUAAAUAGACGGGUCUGUUUAAAA